UUUUGCGGCGAGGCAGAAACUGCAGCCAAAACACGACCAGAUAUUCAAUUCAACAAGCAUGCACAGGAUGUCUCAUGCAAGGAACCUAUAAAGAAAGAAAAGCAAGAGUCUGUUCAUCAGGUUGGGAGGAAGAUGCAUGCCUGCCUGCUGAUAGUUUUCCUGGCCCUCGCCACUACAGGCUACUUCCUGGUCUCCGCUCACAUGAUCCCUGAGGACAGGCUGUCCAACAACAGGAGCACGACAGCGAACCCCCUGUCUCAGAGCGUGUUGGCAGACUCACAGCCGGUUGUCAUUGUAGAGUUACCUAAAUCAGUCAGGAAGCCCAAAAAAGUAAAAAAACAAAAAAAGCAGAACAAGCUCAGUAUGAAGAAGCUGCGUCCUCCUCCUCCUCCUAACUGCGUUCCUCUGUGGGGAAGCUGUAAAUCGCCGGACAAUGUGUGCUGUGAAUUCUGCGCCUUCUGCCAAUGUCGGCUCUUCAAAACUGUGUGUUACUGCCGGAUGGGAAACCCACGCUGCUGA